AUGUCCCUCCGACGAGCCGCCCUGCGCGUCGUCACCGCGGUCGAGCGCGCGUGCGCCCCCGCGUGCGCCCGCACGUCGUCCACGCGCGCGCGCGCGGCGCUCUGGUCGUCGUCGUCGUCGCCACCGCUCGAGCCGCCCUCGACCGCGAUCGCAUCCGCGGGCGCGCGCGUGCGCGUGCGAACGUACGCGAGCGGACUCACCGUGGACGGCGGCGUCACACCAGCCGUGGAGGCGGUCCCGACGUCCAUCGCGCGCGCGCCGAGCGACGAGGCGUGGACGAGAGAUCUCGCGCGCGGGACGGAGGCGCGGCGCAAGGAGGUCUUCGGCGUGGUGCAGAUUCGGUCGCAUCAGUUCAAGGUGUCGCCGGAUGAUUUGAUAUACGUGGAUAAAGUGAAGGACGUGGAGGUGAACGACGUGGUGACGCUGCCGCGGGUGCUGAUGCUCGGGAAUAAGAGCGAGACGGUGAUCGGGCGGCCGACGGUGCCGGGGGCGGAGGUGGUGGCGCUCGUGGAGGAGCACGUGCGGGAUGGGAAGAAGCUGAUAUUCAAGAAGAAGCGAAGAAAGAAUCACAGGCGGAUGAAUGGAUAUAGGGCGCAGCUCACCGGUUUGCGCGUGUUGGAGAUCAGAGGGAUCGAGGAGGCGUGA